AUGUCUCCAUCAAAGGUCUCUACCGUCAAGUGGGACGAGUUCUACAACAUCAUCAAUGGCCAGAAACGUGGCGGCGCCGAUCAACAUCAUGGAACGAACCCGGUGAACGGCGAGAAGCUGUGGCCAGUCCCAAUUGGAACCCAGAAGGAUGUAGAUGAGGCUGUCGAAGUUGCACAGAAGGCGUUCGAGUCUUGGAGGGAGGUUCCAAUAGAGGAGCGCAAGGAAUACCUCAAGAAGUGCAAAGAUCUAUUACUGGCGCACAGCGACGAGAUGACCUCAUUGCUCUGUUCAGAGACCGGCAAGCCCAAGGCCGUUGCGGAAUUGGAGACAGUGGGUGGUGUUGCCGGAUGGUUUGGCCACCACGCCUCGCUCACCCUCCCAGAAGAGCGUGACGAGGAUGACGAGAAGGUCAUGCUGACCCGCUACACUCCUCUCGGCGUCGUCGGCGCCAUCUGCCCUUGGAACUUCCCGAUUGUCCUGUCAUUGGGCAAGAUCAUUCCUGCGGUCUUGACUGGAAACACGAUCAUCGUCAAGCCAAGUCCUUUCACUCCAUACACGACGUUGAAGUUUGUGGAGCUGAUGCAGGAAGUGCUUCCAGCCGGUGUUGUUCAAGCUAUCGGUGGAGAUGACUUUCUUGGACCAAUGCUUACUGCUCACCCUGGGAUCGCGAAGAUCAGCUUCACAGGAUCGAUCGCAACCGGCAAGAAGAUCAUGGCAGCAAGUGCACAGACUCUGAAGCGUGUAACUCUCGAGCUUGGCGGUAACGAUGCCUCAAUCGUCCUGCCAGACGUUGAUGUCAAGAAAGUUGCGCCACAGCUUGUCAUGGGUGCAUUCCAGAACUCCGGUCAAGUUUGUGUCGCCACAAAGCGCAUUUACAUUCACAAAGACAUCUACGACGAAACUCUUCAAGCCAUGGUCGAGUUCACGAAGACUCUCACGGUCGGCGCACCAGCAGAUGGCGCGUUCCUCGGUCCAGUGCAGAACAAGAUGCAGUACGAGAAGGUCAAGGACUACUUCAAGGACACCAAGAGCCAGGGCUACAAGUUCGCUGUGGGAGAUGCUGAGGUCAGCGACGGCCAGGGCUUCUUCAUCAAGCCGACUAUCAUCGACAACCCACCAAACGACAGCCGUAUCAUCCAAGAAGAGCCAUUUGGUCCAAUCGUCCCAACGCAGCCAUGGGAGGAUGAAGAGGAAAUUAUCAAGAGAGCAAACGCCUCCAACGCGGGUCUAGGUGCUUGUGUUUGGGGUAAGGACAUUGCACGAGCAGAGAAGAUCGCUAAGCGUCUCGAAGCUGGAUCUGUCUUCGUGAACAGCUUUGAGAAGCCUACACCACAGGCUUUCUUCGGUGGCCACAAGGAGAGCGGUAUUGGUGGUGAGUGGGGCAAGGAAGGUCUCAAGGCUUACUGCAACGCUCAUGUCAUGCACACGUACAAGGGCGUGUUCUAA